CAACCCGUGUGCUCACAAGGGUUCCGUCACAGCAAGGUGCUGAUCUUUAGGAGUGGCAGCCAGACAGAAAAAACCUCAAGUGAAAUAACUCCACAUCUGUAUAGGAUUUUUUUUUUGCACAUUUUGAAAUUACUGUUCUUUUCUUUAAAAAAAAAACAAAAAAAAAACUUGUAGGUAUUAUGCUGAUUUCAAGACACGUGGACUUAAGGAAUUUGUUGGGAAAAAAACACUGUUCUCCCCCAACAGACAUGUUCCUCUGGAGUCUCCUGCCAAUUUCUCUCUCCUUAGUGUCCUUAAUUGGAACGUGGACUAUAUAUGGCUUGGCCUACUCCAACCAACAUGUGUGCUCACUCAACGACUGGACGGGAGAACACUUCUGCAAAGGCAAUCUCACACCUGGAUGCUGCAAGGUUCCCACCCUAAGCACGAGCGGCACGUACGCCCCGGAGAAUUCGCUUUUUACUGCCACCAUCAACGCCUCGUCCUUUCUGUUUCUGCUCUUCGUGAUAUUCCACCAUGCGCACAUUCUGGAGAAACAUGCGUGUUACUCCAUGAUGAGCAAGCUGGCGCUGAUCUUCGGCGUGGUGGCCUCGUUGGGUGCGUUCGCCGCUGGGAACUGCAACCCUGGUUCCCUGCCCCUGCUGCACUACGUGGGAGCCGCCAUCAGUUUCCUGUGCAUCUGCUUCUACACCGUCCUGCUCACGGCACUCACCAGCCGAUGUCACCUGAGUGGAUAUGAAACGAUUCUGUACCCCACACGCAUCAUCCUGACGGUGCUACAAACCAUUGCCACCAUCUGCUACACGUUUUUCUUCGCCCACCACGAGUACCACUACGUCCACAUGUCUGCAGUCUCCGAGUGGAUCCUCAGCGUCAACCUGGAGCUGUUUGAGCUCAGCUACGCCGUGGAGUUCUGCUUCUUCUCCUCCUACAUGAUCUCAAAUCUGUACAGCCAGCGAGACGAGGACAGACCCUUCGUGUUGACCAUGUCCUGAUACCAGGCUGAUACAGAGUCGUUAUGAUAUAGUAUGUUUGACUGAACCUUUACUGGCAUCUAUUAGCUUCAUGAACAUGAUGUAGUCUCUUGAGGUCUCUUUAUGUUCAUCUUGUACUGUGUACAAACUCCGCCAACAGAACAACUCUACUGAACGACCACGUAAGGCACAAUCGCACUUCCACAAUUCUGCCUUAGGAGAGAACGAAGCUCACAUUUGAUUCACGACGACGAUUAUUUAUGUAUGCGACUGUUAUGAUUUUUUUUUUCUUUUUCACCACAAUCAGCUCAAUAGUAACAUUCAAGUUUCUUUUUGUCUGCUGUAGUAUUCUAUGUGUGAUCCAUCAUGUUGACGUCGUAAUAAACAUGUUUCAAUCUGUCUCACUCA